CUCUCUUCAUUCUCUGAACAAUCUCAUCCAGGCCCUGGUCGUCGGAACUCCUUCAGGACUCCUGUCAUGCAUUCGUUCAAGCGCUCACUCCUCCUUCUCGGAGCCCUCCUUCCUGCCGUCUUUGGAGCUCCCGUCGAGCCUCGCCGAGCAGCUGAAAAGGUUCCCGGAAAGUACAUUGUCACAUUCAAGUCCGGUCUCAACGUUGACCAGAUCGAUGCUCACACCUCUUGGGCCUCGAACGUCCACAAGCGCAACCUCGAGCGUCGCGGCCUAGCUGAACGGGACCAGUACUCUGGCAUUGAGAAGAAUUACAAGAUCAACAAGUUCGCGGCUUACUCCGGCUCUUUCGACGAUGCCACUAUUGAGGAGAUCCGGAAUAGCGCAGAUGUUGCCCACGUCGAAGAGGACCAAAUCUGGUACAUUGACGCCCUGACCUCCCAGAGCGGCGCUCCCUGGGGUCUUGGAGCCAUCUCACACAAGGGCGAAGCGAGCACCACCUACGUCUAUGACACCAGUGCGGGAGAGGGCACUUACGCCUAUGUCGUGGACACCGGCAUCAAUGCCGACCACGAGGAAUUUGGCGGCCGCGCCAGCCUUGCCUACAACGCUGUUGGUGGCCAGCAUGUUGACAGCGUCGGCCACGGCACCCAUGUUGCUGGCACUAUCGGCGGUGAAACCUACGGUGUUUCCAAGAAGGCGAACCUUCUGUCCGUCAAGGUUUUCCAGGGCGAAUCUAGCAGCACUUCUAUUAUUCUCGACGGUUUCAACUGGGCUGCGAACGAUAUCGUGAGCAAGGGCCGCACCGGCAAGAGCGCAAUCAACAUGAGCUUGGGUGGUGGAUACUCUUACGCCUUCAACCAAGCUGUUGAGGACGCAUACGACGAAGGCGUCCUCUCCGUUGUGGCCGCUGGAAAUGACAACAUCGACGCUUCAGACAGCAGCCCCGCCUCUGCGCCAAAUGCUCUUACUGUUGCCGCCAGCACCAAAUCGAACACCCGGGCAUCCUUCUCCAACUACGGUAGCGUUGUUGAUAUCUUUGCCCCUGGUCAGGAUAUCCUCUCCGCUUGGAUUGGCUCCACUACUGCUACUAACACGAUCUCUGGUACCUCCAUGGCCACACCCCACGUCGUCGGCUUGUCUCUGUACCUGAUCGCUCUCGAGGGACUCUCCUCUGCCAGUGCUGUGGUUUCCCGCAUUAAGGAACUCGCUACUCAGGGCGUUCUCUCCAACGUUCAAGGCAGCCCUAACUUGCUUGCCUACAACGGUGCCGACGAAUAGAUAGCACCAACCUGACAAACCUAAAUUAUGAGCACGACCAUGGUCCACAUGGACUAAGGAUGAGAAGAGAUGGAAGCAGCGGCUAGAAUAGGAUGAUUCAUGUGACCUUGUUACGAAUGCACAUAUUUUUAUUCUCUCUAUAUAGGUCCAUCUCGUAGAUCAUCCAAGAAACAACUCAAAUAAUUCUGGAUUUGAAGAUC